GUUCAUACAAAACAACAUGAAGGGAGUCAGAGCUCUACUAAUAGUGGGACUGUUGUCAGUCGCCACAAUUGCGAAAGAGGAUAAAGAGAAGGAAGAUAUCGGCACAGUAAUAGGAAUUGAUCUGGGCACAACUUAUUCUUGUGUUGGCGUUUACAAAAACGGCCGUGUGGAGAUCAUCGCCAACGAUCAGGGUAACCGAAUCACGCCUUCUUACGUGGCGUUCACCAGUGACGGCGAGCGUUUAAUCGGCGAUGCCGCCAAGAAUCAACUGACGACGAAUCCAGAGAACACCGUGUUCGACGCCAAGCGCCUGAUCGGCCGCGAAUGGUCGGAUCCCACUGUGCAGCACGAUGUGAAAUUCUUCCCGUUCCCGGUCAUCGAGAAGAACAGCAAGCCGCAUAUUAAGGUCGACACUAGUCAAGGCGAAAAGGUCUUUGCACCUGAGGAGAUCUCGGCUAUGGUAUUGGGCAAGAUGAAGGAGACCGCCGAGGCCUAUCUCGGCAAGAAGGUCACUCACGCGGUAGUCACCGUGCCAGCUUACUUCAACGAUGCGCAAAGACAG